UUGUAUUAACAUCUUUCCUCAAUCUUCAUUUGUUUCAGUUUCGCUCUGUUUUUAGCCCGAAUCCUUUGACAUGCAGCUGUAGAUGUCAAUGAAAAUCGUUUUUUACGACCACACAGCGACAGCAUCCUGUCAUAAAUAAUGUUGGGCAAUAAUCUGGCAUCCUUGCUUUGUAUUGAUUAAAUCCGUAUCAUCGCGUUGAAAACAGAAAAACAAUCGAAGUAAGUAAUUAUAAGUUAAAUACAUGGAAUAAAAACGGGAAGAAGGACUUGUUAAUGGAUUUAAUAACAAUCAAUUAUACGGCGGACAACAAACAACUGUCGGUGAAGCAAAUGAGUUAUUCCAGAGCUAAAAUGCCUUCGCAAAGGCGGAAUGCCAUUGGCUUUUCAUCACCAUCGAGAUCGUCCCGAUCGAGUCGUAGCAGAGAUCGUAGCAAUUCUCCCGACUCUGUCGAAAGAAGGGGACGUCGUGGCGGCACCUCAUUAACUGGUGUCUCAAAGAAGCAUAUGCGAAGAUGGCCCUGCAUGAUAUGCCGAAAGGAUCAUCGCCUAGCAACAUGUGACAAAUACAAAGAACUAACCACUCACGAGCGUCUGGAAUUUGUGCGUAAGCUACAAUACUGUGUCAACUGCUUGGCCGUAUCGCACACCAUACCCUUUUGUAAUUCACCAAAAACUUGCAUCAAAUGCCACAAACGUCAUCAUAGCUCAUUGCAUCAUUUGGAGGAAUUUAAACCGUUAGAGAAACCCGUGGAAAAGCCAGCAUUGCUGACCCCUCCACCACCACCCAUAUUUCGCAAACAAGUUGUUAUACCCACAGUGCGUUUGGCUCUAGUCUACAAUGGUAUUCGCCGCAUUGUUCGGGCCCUGAUUAACCCAUCUCAGCCCUUUACCACGAUUUCGGAGACCAUUGUGAAACAGUGCAAAUUGUCAACAACCAAAAUCGAUGGAAAAUCCAUGAGUACCAUAAAAAUUGGUACCGUUCAGGAUCUAAAUUGGAUGCUAGAUGUACAGGCUCUUAUAACAGAUGUAUUACCCUUACGACCAUAUCCCCAAGACUUGAAAGUAUCAUUGCCAUUUGACAGCUUAGUGCUGGCUGACCCAGACUUUUAUGUCUCAGAUGAAGUGCAUAUAGUGUUGGCAGCCGAUGUUUUUCCAAAAAUUAUAGCCGAUGGUCUUGUGCCGCAUGAAAGCGGUGAUAUAGUUGCACAGGGUUCAAUAUUUGGUUGGACCUUGACGGGUAUUGUCUCUGUUUGAGUCGAAGCAGCAAAUCAACACAAAAACACACACUAGCACACAUACACACACACACACACGAGUGAAUAAUAUUGAUAAAAAAUAAACAUGCGAUAGCAUGGAUUUUAAAGUCAGCAUUUACAUGGGGGGUAUCUGGACCUUAGUAUUCCAAAAGUAUUCCAUAUUAAUAUUUAAGUAUUAUAAUGUAUUUUCUAAGUAAGCUCUUGUUGUUUUAAUAGUUGUCACACACAAACAAAUGUUAAUUGCAAUGCCCUCCUCCUAACUGCUGACUAUAAAACUCUACCCAUAGAAUUUACUUAAAUACCUACACAGUAUAUGAAUUGAUUAGAAGGGCUCGCCUAUAUUUUUAGAGGUUUAGCUCGCACAAAUCCUUUUCUGUUCCAUCGACGAUAACAAUUUUAAUAUAAUCUCAAUCUUGAAGAAAACAUCUCCUCAUUUCAAAGCAAGCAUGUUUUGAUUGGAUCAAUAAUAUUGUUAUACUUAGUAUAUACUCACACUAUUUGUUGGCAAUCUAAUUGCAUCCCAGUUAGUUUUCAGCUAUUUAAUAUGCAAUCAAAUCGAGAGUUCCUUAUAUGGAAGAUUUUUUGUAUGUCAUCAAAUUGUCUUAUUAUUUACAUUCCAAUAACAAGUCCUUUAACAUGUGUAUAACACAUACAACGGUUUAUUUCCAUUUAUGCUGUGCUUUUACCAGGCAAGCCCACCAUUAAAUAUAUCACCAUAUAGCUUAUCAGUCCCGGGCUUCAUAAUACGAAUUUUUUUUUAUUAUUAAGUUUUUUAUUAUAAAUUUUUUUAUUAUUAAUUUUUUUAUUAUUAAUUUUUUUCUGGUUGAUUACCUGGUACAAAGUCAAUGCGGAGAACAGAGAUCUCCAAAUUAGGGUGAAGGGAUAGUGCAGUAAAGCAAACCUUCGAAAGGGUUUGUUACUCCUAUGCCAACAUUCUUUGUAUGGGCUUGUACAUAGUUAACCUCCAGCAAAGAUGAAAUAUUUUAUGCUGGACUUCGCGAUACAUUCAAUAUUUUCGAUAUUAUUAAUAAUAAAUAUCGAUUGUAUCGAUACUAUCGUUUAUUUCCCAUUACUUGUUUUCAAACGCAAAUGAGGAACAAAAUUCAGUAGAUCGAUUUAUAUGAAGACAAAUCAAUGCGCAGACCGCAGUUGAAAGCCCAAUCGGAUGAAAUUUGCGCCCUCUAUGGGCGCAAUGUGUCUUAUAGGAUACUUUCAGUGCCGGAACGCAUAUUUUUGGUCAAUUCAAAAAAAAAAAAAAAAUUGAACUUUGCCGAUAGUAUCGAUAGGAAAAAUAUCAAUCGAUAUUCAGACAAAAAAAUAAAAUACCGAUACUAUUGAAAGUGCCAUCGAUAUUUUGCCAGCUCUACAGUAUAAUAUAGUUCUCCAAUAAUUUUCUUUAAAUAUUAUAUAGAACAUGUUAAAUCGCGCUAAUUUCGGCUGUGCCGUGUUUUAAAUAUCCUCCAACAUUGCUCGCUCAUUUUUAUUUAUAAGUAUAAAUUAAAAGCUUUGUCAUACCUGAUAGGAAUUGCAAUUAAAAUGUCAUGUGCUCGGAAGUUUUUUGGUAGGAGGUCAAGGAUAGGCAAAAGGACAUCCGAAAUUGUCAACCGCUUCAAUCGUAGAGAAAUAGAAAAAUAUGUAAAAAACUAUAAAAGCCGACAAAGAGGCCAAAAGAAUUCUCACCGACUUAAGGGCCGCCCAGUCAGCCACCCCAUACCCUUGCAGAAUUCCAAAAUAACUGGGAGUUCAAAAUACUGUAAAUAGCUCAAUGAAUAGAAGAGGUAUUCGCCCAUAAUCCUACGCCUUCUCCCUGUCAUCGCGGGGCACUGGCACAGCAGAUGCUGGACGAUGUUGAUUUUUCUCGAGCUGGGGAGGCGUGACCUUGGAUUGAAGGUCACUAAAAUGGGGAUAGGUACGCGAAGACGAGUAUUUCUGCAGGGUCUGGGAGGAUAAGGGUAAUCGUCUAUUCCUCAUCCUCUCAGACCCUGCAGAAAUCCUCAUCUUCGCGAGCCUACAAUGCAAGGUCACGCCUCUCCAGCUCGAGAAAAAUCAACAUCGUCGUUCCGUAGAACCAUCGCAUUGGUAACUCUGCAGCCUACAAUGCUAGCCAACGCCGAGCAUAUUCCUCAUAGUAGAAAUAAUAAUCCCACACAGCCAACAUAAAGGAGGGUUCACCAUUGGCGUCGCACAAACCUGCCCAGCUUUUCAGCCACUUUGUUACUCGCCAUCCCUUAAUGACUCGGAACCCAUCACAAUCUGACAGUAGCCCCCAAACGUCCGAGACGCUCUCUCCGUCUUCCGAAAUUCUCGACCUCACCUGAUCCGCAGCCAAGGCCUUCAGCGUUGCACAACUGUCCACAUAAAUCGUGACAGUCCAAGAGGGCCGUUACUCCUGACUCAGGAUUACAUACAAGGCUUUGAUGAACGUCAACACCUCUACUCAAGGAGAGGUCCAAUCCAGCUUGUACCCAUACGUGUAGACCCCAAAUGGGGAUGCCCCCAGACCAAAGCUCCCUCCUCGGAAAGACAAUCUUCUGGUUGCCAUCGAAGAAGAAUCCGCCCGGCACUUAGUGCUUCGCGUCGCCAAUGUCACGUAGUCGUCCCAUACCAGCGGCCUUCCGCAGAACAAACGAAUGUCCGAAAUCCAAAGAAUACGAGUAUGGUGCUCUGACUCCCUCAGUUUGAGGACAGUCUUCAACGCCUCGCACUCCAUGCACAAAGGUUUUAAAUCAAGUUCGCAUUCAGCGUUGCUCUUGGAGCACUUCUCCUCGUCCCCGUUAUCACCACCGCCGCAAUACCCUGCAUCAUCUUCAAUAUACCACGAGGACACCUUUCCGAAAGCCAGGCGCCACACCAGGCACCCAUAAGUACGGAUCGGUCGAAGCACAGCAGUGUAAAUCCAGUGGACUGUACUCGACCCAACUCCCCAACUCCUGCCCACCAAAUUGUGACAAGAGUAGAGAUAAUUUAGCCCCCGUUUGACUGUCUCCUUAACGUUUCUUCUCCAGUUUUAUUUCUGGUCAGGAAUAACGUCUAAGUAUUUAGCUUCUUGAGGGGACGGCAAUUCCACUCCAUCAAGGACCGGUCCCCUGAACUCGCCAUAUAUCCCCCUUCUCUUGAACAACAACAGCUCUGUUUUUCUAAGGUUUAUGCCCACCAUUGUCUCACGCUCAUCUCAACUGAUUUCUCAGCGCGCCCUGAAGUAGAAACAAAAAACCACCGCCACUCAAAAUGUUUAAUCGCGCCAGGUUCGGCUGGGCCGUACCUUAAAAAUCUCCCAACAUAGCUCGCAAUUAUUAAGUUCUUUGGAUGAUCUUUAUUUAUAAGCAUACAUUUUCCGUAUCUGACAGGAAUUGCAAUUAAAAUGUCAUGUCAGGAAGGUUUGAGGGUGGUGGUCAAGGAUAGGUUAGGCUAAAGGACACGCCUGGCAACCAUAGUUGCCAACCGCCUCACUCAUAGACCUCUGGUCUAUGGUGUUCGUUCUACAAAAAAAAACCAAAACCAGAAGAGCGAAACGAAACGGAAGCCAUUAGAAAAAUAUGAAUACAAUUAUAAAAGCCGACAUAGAGACCGAAAGCAGUCUCACCUACUAGAGGGCCGCCCCGUCAGCCAUCCCAUACCCUUGCAGAAUUCCAGAAUGACACGGGGGUCGAAAUACUGUAGGGAACCACCCAUAAUCCUAAGCUUUCCCCAUCAUCGCGGGCUACUGGCAUAGAAAAUGCUCAAUGGUCUACUCCUCAUCCUCACAGACCCUUUAGCGACCUAUAAGCCAAGGUUACGCCUUCGCAGCUCGAGAAAAAUCAACAUCCCCGUUCCGUAGAACUUCCGCUUGGCCAGCCAACGCCGAACAUAUUUGUCAUAGUUGGACUACACCAUCUCAAACAGCCAACUUGGAGGAGGGUUCGCCAUUGGCGUCGCACUCCCAGGAUCCAUCCGCUAUCCAAACCUUGCCAGCCCGUCAGCCGCUUCGUUACUCGCCAUCCCUUGAGGGCCCGUAACCCAGCACAAUCUGACACCAGCCCGCAAAACGUCCAAGACGUUCCUUGCAUCUCCCGACAAGCCUCAACCUCACGUGACCCGCAGCCAGGACCUUCAAAGCUAUUUACAUAAAUCGUGACAUUCGUAGAGGGCCGCCACUCCUGACUCAGGAUCACAUUUAAGGCUUUUAAGAUCGUGAAAACCUCUGCUGAAGAACACUGCAUCCAUUCAGAAGUCUAUGUGACUCCCUAAUUCCUAAGAAAUCAACAAAAAACCGUGCUCGUGGCCCCAAUCCAGCUUAGACCCAUGGUUGUAGACACUCAAAAUGAGGACGUCAUCAGCUUAGGCAACCACUCUCACUAUUUCCUACCUGAUUAUUCCAUUGAUAACCAGCCAAAAGAAAAUACUUUCCCCAAUGUUGUCGUUGUGGCAGUGUGUUGUACACUGAGGCGGCAACUCUUGCCGAUGAAUAACUCCAUCGGGUCAAUCCGGUACAUACAACCUGCUGGGGAUUGACCUCCCACAGUAAACCAAUGCUUUGGCAUUACUUCGAUAAAACAGAUGCAGCAGCUUUACAUUGUAGACGGGAAUAAGCGCCAAUAUAGGUAAUGUGUGAUAUCAGGAACCACGUGACAACUCAUUGCCCAGCCAAUCGUACUCAUUAAAACAACAGAUUACUCUGGAAUCUUCUUAGUUUAACUGUUUCAAAUCUGAUUACAGACAUUUGGCAAACUGUUUUUGGAUAAAUCAUACUUUAUUACCGCAAAAUUGAAGACGUUGAAACCAAGUUCCUUUUUGCCUGAGUGUUUUGGCCGAUCUGACAAUAUAACUUGUAGAGCCCACAAUGGGAGAUUCUCAGUGUAAAAAAGGCAGUACAUCCCCUUCUUUCGUUACUUUGUUGUAUUGCCUUUUAGAUCAUCAAGACUUACUACCGUUGCCCCGUCUAUCUCUUUCGAUUAUAUAAAGCUACGCUUCAAAAAUAAUUUUAAGAUAGGUUGGGAUGAUCUCAUUCUGCUCAUUUUUAAAGCGUUUUUCUAUUUGAAUUUACAUUAUUCAAGCGUUCUUUGAUUGAUUAUGGAAAAUUUAUCGACUUCUAAUGCUUUUACCCUGGAAUUAGUCCCUAUUUAAGCUUUUAAGGACAGUCGUGAUUUUCGUUGUUUUUAAUAGAGAAUUUAUUUACAUUUUUUUGGCUUUUGAUUACAGAAAUUCGUAACUUUUAUAGUGGAAAGACAACGCUCAAAUGUGUAAAAAUGAGCAAAUGUAUUGAAUCAAAAGUUUUUUUUUAAAGUGGUGGUGGGAAAUAAAGCUCGAAAUAACCGGGUUUUUGUAUAGCUUUAAAGUUGUCAGUACAAAUAUCAUAGAAAAUUUGUUAAACUUCCAACCAAUUUACACUCUCUAACUACACUACAUUUGUAUGAAGUGUGCCAUAUAGCCAGAUUUUAAUUAUUUUUAAGUUUUUCUUCUAUUUUUGAUAAAUUGAUUUUGAGCGAAAAUAACCAACAACAUAAUAUACACUAAGUUACAUUUGGUUUUGAGUGAAUUAAAUUUUUUUGUUUUAAUUAUUAUAUAUAUUGAAUUUUUUUUUGUUAUAAUAAUACAUGUGGUUCUAAAUGCUAAUGGUUUUGCAGCACACAUUUAAAUUCAAACAUAUCCUUGGAACAGAAUUGGUAUUUGAAGGCUAUUUACAUUUUAAACUUUAACAAUAAUCGUAGAUAUAACAAAGACACAGUCUAAAUAUCCGUAUAUGAUCAUAGAUUUUAUUGUUCUUUUAAAAUAUAACUUGCAACUUAUAUACAAGUACAUACAUGUAUAUGAAAGUUAAAACAUGUUUUAUUAUUGUCACAAAAAAAAAAAAUGAUAUGCAUCCUCAGGUAAGUUAAGAUACUUAAUUUUUUGUAAGUAAUAACCCAUAAUGAGUUGCGACAUUCAUAUACAUACUGGCAAACAUACCAGAAACCCAAAAGAUUUGAUUACGCAAUUCGAAGUUUGCCGUACCCAUUAAUAUACAAUAAAGAACUGGGACAAAAUCUGUCUGUCCGUGCAGAGAGUUUUUUGUCCACAGGCAGGUUAAAUCCAAAGAUGGCCGAAAUUCUUCUUACCAAAAACCAUCAACAAAUAAAAACCACAA